UCCAACCUAUCUGGGACUCCUGGAUUAGAGUGUAAAGUAUAAAAAGUGACAAUAAAUAAGGAUUAAAUUAAUGCUGCUGAGAAUCAAUUUUGUGCGUUUAGUAGCGUUAUGUAUAUAAAUACAAGUGUAACUUUCGGAUUCUUAAUAAAUCAACUCAUUGUGGUGAUGAAAAUUAUCUGUAUCAAUUCUAAUAUUCAAUACUAUACAAAAUCAACCCCCACCCACUAAUUCCACCCACUUGGUGCUGAUUGUGAGCAAGUGGUCGCUACUGUUAGCAAACGUAAACAAAACACUAUUGUAUUCAAAGAUAUUCGCUUACUAGGUGACAAAGUUAUAUCGGGUUGAUUUUAAAUGCGUCUUUCUAGAAGGCACACGUAAUCUUCAAACAUGAACGUCAUGAAUUGGAGCCUGUUUGCUUAUAGUUAUCAUACACAUUCCAAUAUUUUAACACCUGUUAGGUCAAUAAUAACACCCAUAAUAACACUUUUCGAAAGCAACCACACGUUUGCGGAGAGCCUAAAAAUAGCUCCACCUCGGAAAAUAUGGAUCAACAGAAUCAGCAUCGUUUAAAGCUACAAGUACCACAUCAAGGGCAAGGUCGAAGCAGUCACUACGUUCUUAAUUGUGCUGAUGAUCAUUGUCGUAGCAUUGUUGGCCUUUUUGACUGCCAAUUGGUCGUGUCGCGGAUGUUGAUUUAUACGUCAUUUUUACCAGGACUGUUAGAACUACCGCCAGCUUUUCGUUAUAUAACGGAAUCGGAUAGCGGUGCACUGAUCUCGUUACCAGGAAAUUUGUUGAGAUAAACAUUCGGAUAUACUUAUUGAAUAACUCGAUAGAUCGGAUGGAUAAACAAGAUACAUCUAAGCAAGGAAAGGGAAAGCGCCCUUUUCUAGGAAUACUGUCAAAACGUUCCUCGCGGGUGGAGCCUCAAAAAUUUACGGCUGGUGAAGACGAAGUCACAUCAGAUUCGGUUAACAACAUACUUAGCAAUAAACUAGAAUCAGAUAAUAUAACGGCUGCACAUCAAAAGCAGGAAACUAUCGCAACAACUGAAAACGCCCACAAAAUUACCAAGCAAGAUUCUUCUAAUCAAAGCGAAAAUUCCUAUUACCUGCUGUCGACUUCGUCCACUACUACUACAAACUCUUUAGCCGACCCAUCUUCUUCAAAAACUACGAAUACCUCGUCGUCAUCACAGAAAGCUCACAACAAUUUGUUUAUAAGAAAUUCUUGUUCUCAAACUCGUGGUCCAUCUAACAGAUUGAGUGGCUCAUUUAAUUUGUGCUGUUCAGUUGAUGAAAGUUUAUUGCGUUCCCCGAAAAAGAAUCGUUUUUCUGAUCCACAUGGGUGUGAGAGUCAUUCGAUUGGUCAAGAAGUCCGGUCUUCACAAUCAGAACAGCAUAAACGGCGACAGCAACUAAGGCUCGACUUGGUAAAUAGAACUGAUGAGGGAAACAGUCCAGUAGUGAAUGGGGCACAAAGUAGACCACUCGAGUUUGGACUUGGUGCGCAUGCCGCCAGUGAGUGUGCUGAUGAGAGUAUAUCUGCUGGUGAUUCAAGUAUUGAACAUAAAAUAGUCACUAAACCGGUUGUAUUUCGAGAGUAUCCAAACCAUACCCAGCGAGCUGUCAUGAGCAGUAAGUCGCGGUUCAAGGAUCGUUUUCUGCCGCCAAUGCCGAAAUUGGAUGGUUAUGAAAAGAUGGAACAACAUUAUAGUUCACCAAAUAUUGCAGAAAAUGAAGAUCCUCCAGGUAUAGAUGAAAAAGACAGUCGAAAAUCAAUGUCUUUUGAUACUAUGAGUACGGAUAAUGAAGCUGAACCACAACUAGUGAAUCUUUCCAGUGCGGAUUCAUUGGCAAAGCAAGCUUUGAUGGCGGCGCAUGUUUUGCAUCUGAUACCAGCCGAUAAAGCUCGUCAGCGAAAUUUCCUACAAGGUCGUCUAGGUGUAACGUCGCUUUUGGGUUCAUCAGAGCUGGAUAAGGUACUUCCCAGCAGAGAGGUGUCUAUAUUCGUCGGCACUUGGAACAUGAAUGGACAAAGUCCACCAAAGCAAAUGAAUGAUUUUGUUCUACCGAGCGCUAUUGAGCACGUGCCUGAUAUAAUUGUGUUCGGAACCCAAGAAUCAUGUUCUGAGCGAUUCGAGUGGGAAGUUACUCUGCAGGAGACUUUGGGCCCAUCACACAUUUUGCUCCAUUCAACCAGUCUUGGAACUCUUCAUUUAGCAGUUUUCAUUCGAAGAGAUUUGAUAUGGUUUUGUUCCGAACCAGAAGAUGCUUAUUUAUCGGUUAGACCGGGAACAGCAUUCCGGACUAAAGGAGCUGUUGCUAUUUCGUUUUGCUUGUUCGGAACAUCCUUUCUUUUUGUGACAUCUCAUUUAACGGCGCACCAGCAAAAAGUGAAAGAACGAGUUUCGGACGUGAAAAAAAUAAUUCAUGCAUUAGAGCUGCCUCGAAAUCUUUCCGUUAAGCAUAGGAACAAAGAUGUUACCCAGAAUUUUGAUAGUGUUUUCUGGUGUGGAGAUUUAAAUUUUCGUUUAAGUGAACCACGGGAAAAGUUGAUGCGCUGGAUUGAAACAACACAGUUCCCUCUUCCAUCCCACUUACCGCAUGGUUUCAUGCAUACUGAUCAAUUAACGACCGUACUAGCUGAUGGUGCCGCAUUCAAGGGGUUCCGGGAGGCUAAAAUUACAUUUCCGCCGACAUACAAGUAUGAUCCUGGCACCCAGCGGUUUGACACAUCCAGCAAACAGCGAGCACCAGCCUACACAGAUCGUAUUCUAUACAAAUUCAAACCUUUACCGGUAACUGCAGUUCAUCGUCGCAUUAACAGUAUUGGGGGAGGAAAAAUCACACAUCCGCCAUUAGCGGUAAAAUGCUUAGCGUACGAUUCAGUGCAGAGCAUCACCACCUCGGACCAUAAACCAGUUUGGGCUUUGUUUUGCAAUACAAUUAGACCCGGAGUAGACACUAUACCACUGGCGGCUGGGCUUUUCAAUCGGGAGGUCUACUUAGAAGGCAUGAAGCGAAGGCUUGAUCACGCCGGAUCCAGUUCGUCGGCUGUGUGCAGUAUUCAAUGAUGCUAGGAGAAAUUCGUAAUGUGAUAUGCUAACGUUUUCAGCAAACAGGUAAUGUUUUCUAGUCAUGCGAUGUAAAAAUUGCUUUAGAUAAAAAAGGCGAGUACGGAUUAAGUUUGCUUUGUACCAUACAAUAUGCUGUUAGAUUUGUGUCAGUAGUCAGAACCCCGUUUCGGAUUUAUUAGUAUAAGCUAUAAUACCGAAUUGUUAAUCGGCUAAAGAGAGCAAAAGACAACUGAAUUGAACGAUUCCUUUUGAAGCAAACACUAUUUUAAAAAAAGUUUACAAAAAAAACUAGGGAUUUGAAAUACUAUUAAUGAUAGGGAAUAAAACGUAUGAGGAAUUAAGCGUAGUUUUACGCUCUCAUGUCAUAACAAUAUAAGCCGCCUUGAAGGUUUGAGAGUAAAUUAUUAUUCUAGUCAACAUCCUAGUCAAAUGAAUUUUUAUAUUAAGUAGGUUAGAUUAAGCAAUAUGUCGCAUAAUGAACUGAAUUUAGUUGGGUGAUUUAUUAGCUCUUAAUCGCAUAUCUAUUUUAACCAUCAUAUCUUGGCAGUUGUGAAUGUGAUCAGGCAUAUAUAAAUCGACUGGUAUUCUCCCUUUGUUCAAAGAUCGUUGAGGAGUAAAUAAUCUGUAAUUAAACUGUUCAGUAGUCUAUAGAAAACAAUGAUAGAAUAUUAGAAAACAGGAGUUAGCUACAUUACUCGAAGCAGAUUGCCUUUUCAAACCUAUAUUAGCAACUUGAUAGAAAGUAACCGAAGUAUGGAUUUCGUUUAGAAAUCGUUCUUCGAUACUUAAACGAUGAAUACUAUCUAUACAAGACUUUCCAAAGUUGGCCUUAUGUAGCGAAGAUAGCAAGCAAACGUCAUUUUCCAACUAAAUUGUAUCACAUUCUGCUAACAUACAUUGUCGAUUGUUUGGCUCAUUUUCAUUCCGUCCGGUACCUUUAUUCUUCCAUAUUAGUAAGUAUUCGAUUACGAUUAUUGACGAUAGUUCUCUAUUUUGGUUCAACGGGUCUCAUUUUUUUGUUUGACAAAAUGUGUUAUAUCAACUCAAGAAACUUAAACACUUAUGUUCCAACUCUGAUACCGU